AUGGUUUCAUGUCCAAUAUGUGGUAAAAACGUACACCUGGACAAGAUCAAUGCUCAUCUAGACCAAUGUGAACACUCCAAACCUGCUCCAAAACAGGCAUCUAUUUUAUCUUCUUUUAGUCAAAAGCGUAAACUUUCAAAUGAAGAUCCAAUAGUUCCAGAAGUUCCAACUCCACUACCCAAACCUACGCCAUCAUCUACCCCUGAUAAAGAUACAGAAAUCAAACAACUACGAUCUCAAUUAUCAACACCAUUAAGUGAACGCCUAAGACCGAAAACAUUAGAUGAAUACGUUGGUCAACAACAUUUAAUUGGACCAGGUGGUAUACUUCGAGGGUUUAUUGAAAAUGACACAAUACCUUCUUUGAUUCUAUGGGGUCCACCAGGUGUAGGCAAGACCACAAUUGCAAGAAUAAUUUCACAAAGGACAAGACAAAAAUUUAUUGAAAUUAAUGCAACAAAUUCAGGAUUACAAGAUUUAAGAAAAAUUUUUGAAAAUUGUUCAAAAGAGUUUUUUUUGACAAAGAGGAAAACUAUUGUUUUUUGUGAUGAGAUUCAUAGAUAUAAUAAAAAUCAACAAGAUUUUUUCCUACCAUUUGUCGAAAAGGGUGAUGUUAUAUUAAUUGGUGCAACUACUGAAAAUCCAAGUUUCCAAUUGAAUAAUGCCCUAUUGAGUCGUUGUAAAGUUUUCAAAUUGUCGAAAUUGGAAAUUCAAGAGAUUCAUAGGGUUUUGAAUAAGGGGAUAUUACAUUUAAAUAAAAUUAGAAAAUUGAUUUGCAACAAGUCAUUAUUAACAUUUACCAAAAAAUCAAUUGAUUAUAUUGCAGAUUUAUCAAAUGGAGAUUCAAGAAUCUCUAUAAAUUUAUUGGAAUUGAUUGAUUCUCAUUAUCAUCAUAAAGAUUCCGGUACAACUAUUGAAGUAGAAGAUUUAAAACCAAUCCUACAGAAGACUCAUUUAUUAUAUGAUAGAGUUGGAGAUUCACAUUAUGAUACCAUAAGUGCAUUCCAUAAAUCAAUAAGAGGCUCUGAUCCAGAUGCUGCAUUGUGGUAUUUAGGAUUAAUGUUACAAGGUGGUGAAAAUCCAUUAUACAUUGCAAGAAGAAUGAUUAGAAUAGCAAGUGAAGAUGUUGGUGUUUUGGAUGAUAGUUGUUUACCAUUUGCCAUUGCGGCAUAUCAAGCUGUAACGAUGGUUGGAUUACCAGAAGCUGAUUUGGCAUUAGUACAAUGUGCAGUUAAGUUAGCCAAAGCUCCAAAAUCUGUAGAGAUUUAUAGAGCUUGGAAAAAAAUUAAAAAUGUUUUGAAUAAUGAACCUACUUUGAGUGGUGCUCCAAUCCCAUUACAUUUAAGAAAUGCACCAACUAAAUUGAUGAAAGAGAUGGAUUAUGGGAAAGAUUAUAAAUAUAAUCCGGAUUUCAAAGAUGGGAAAGUUUCACAAGAGUAUUUACCAAAACAAUUGAAAGGGUUGAAAUUCCUUGAUGGGAAACAUUUAGGUGAUAUUGUUGAUCCUGAUUUAUGA